AUGAAGCUUGCAAAUGCGCUCGGGAUUCUAAUAGAUAUGUGGCAGGCAGUACAAACUGCACUGCUACCCACGAUCUGCGCUAUCCUGGCGAAGCCAUUAUUGGCCCUCUACCCGCGAUCGGUCUCGCAGAUAUUUAUGCACAACGUAUGGCGCCUCAUGGGCGAGGGAAUGGACGAAGGCAAUUAUGAGCUGAAGCGCUCACUAAUCACGGAGAAUGCCCAAGGAGUUGUGCUCGAUAUAGGAGCGGGGCACGGUCAUACCGCAAGAUAUCUGGACCAUGCUCGUGUGACCAAGUAUGUCGCAUUGGAACCUAAUGCGCUCAUGCACCCUGAAAUUCGCAAACGCGCGAAUGAGCACGGCUGGAGCGAGGAGGACGGAUCCUUGGUCAUCCUGUCAUACGGUGCCGAGCAAGCACCACUUAUUCUCUCCGCGCUCUCCCUCUCCGGCGAACCACCAGUGGAUGUGAUGGUCUCGAUCAUGGCCUUGUGUUCCGUGCCACCCAGCUCGCCUCCGGAUGCUUCCCUUCGCAACCUCGUGACACUGCUCCUCAAGCCUGGCGGUCAGUUCGUCUUCUACGAACACGUACGCAGUUAUCGUGCAGAUGUAGCCUGGUGGCAGCGUUUCUGGACACCGGUGUGGCAGAUCCUAUUUGACGGGUGCCGCUUGGACAGGCCGAGCCACGAGCUUGUCCGCGCUUUGAAGGGGCUGGAUGGCGAGACGAGCAUAUGGGACGACUGGGAGCUGCGGGAUCAAGAGGGAGACAUCGAGGAAAAUGUGUUUUGGCACCAAAUUGGACGGUUCACUAAGGUGCACGAGGCUGGGGACGGGCAAAGACUUGCAAGCUGUGAUAUGGAAAUUUCGUAA